AUGGCAGCUCGAGGUGAGUAUGGAGUUUCGAAUCAAAAAGCAAGUGGUGAUCCAUACGAGGAAGGGCUUGGUGUGUUGUCAUCUUUGAUCCCAAGGCGAAGUAGUGGAGAGAGUUGCCAACAGUUCGAUUUGAUGUUUGAUUAUGUCAAGAUACUUGGCCUGGAAGAAGACCUUUCGAAGAUGAAAAUUAUACAUGUAGCCGGAACCAAAGGCAAGCUGAUGGUUGAUGAAAAGUUGAAGUUGUUUCCAUGCAUGCCUAAUCAUCAUAAUCUGAUCUCAUUCUCUCUUGUGGACUCAAAGGGAUCUACAUGCACCUUCACAGAGUCUAUUUUGCGAAACUAUGGCUUCCGAACUGGACUCUUAACUUCACCUCACCUCAUUGAUGUCCGUGAAAGGUUUCGCGUGGAUGGUGUGGACAUAAGUGUGGAGAAAUUCUUGGCCUAUUUCUGGUGGUGCUAUAAUAGGUUUAAGGAAGCAACUAAUAGUGAGAUGCCAUCAUAUUUCCUUUUCCUUACGUCGCUAAGUCUUAAAAUAUUUGCUGCAGAGAAGGUAGAUGUUGUUAUUCUGGAGGUAGGUUUAGGUGGGAAGUAUGAUUCCACCAAUGUGGUUCAGAAACCUGUGGUAUGUGGUUUUUCUUCUCUUGGAUAUGACCAUACGGAAAUUCUAGGAGAUACGCUUGACAAAAUUGCUGGUAUGAAGGCAGGAAUUUUCAAGCUUGGAGUUCCUGCUUUUACAGUGCCCCAACCUGACGAAGCUAUGCGUGUCCUUGAAGAUAAAGCUUCUGAGUUAGAUGUGAAUAUGAAAGUGGUACAACCAUUAAACAAAAGGCUUUUGAAUGGCCAUAAACUCGGUCUUGACGGGGAGCAUCAGUAUCUCAAUGCUGGUUUAGCAGUCUCACUUGCCUAUACAUGGCUUCAGCAAAGUGGUAACCUUGAAAUACCUAGUCUGCAUCAGAUGACUACACUGCCUGAGCCGUUCAUCAAAGGUUUAGCUACAGCUAGUUUGCAAGGACGGGGACAAGUCGUCCCCGAUCUAUAUGGUGAUCCAGGAAAGCUGGUAUUUUAUCUUGAUGGAGCUCACACUCCUGAAAGCAUGGAAGCAUGUGCAAAAUGGUUUUCUCUUGCUGUAUUAGUGGGAGAUGAACAGUCUGAGAUAUUGCUGUUCAAUUGUACGUCGGUUCGGGACCCGCAAACGCUUUUCCCACACCUAAGGAAUACAUGUGCUAAGUACGGUGUUGAUUUCGAGAAAGCCUUGUUCGUGCCAAACAUGUCGAUGUCUUACAAGGCUGGUAUGAAUGCUUUGCUAGAGAACAAUGAUGAUGCAUGGGUGGUUGAUUUGUCGUGGCAGUACGCGGUCCAAAAAGCGUGGGAAAGCCUUGUUGGGGAAGAAGAAGAUGGAGGAAAGAGUGAGGUGUUUUCGUCUCUGCCAUUGGCAAUCAAGUGGCUCAGGGACACUGGUUGA